AUGAGCACCACUGUCAGGCAAUUCUCCUCCUCCACCUCCCUCAAGGGAUUCGGGAGCCUGGGGGGAGGCUCCAGCAGGCUCUCCUCCGUGCGUGUCGGGGGAGGAGGCUACAGGGCCCCCAGCGUGCACGGGGGCUCUGGCAGCUACUCCGUCUCUUCCCGCAUGGUCUCGGGGCUCGGCAGCGGCUUCGGGGGCAGCUACUGCAGCAGCGCAGGAGGGACCCUCGGAGGGGGCUUCGGGGGCAGCUUUGGGGGAGCCUUUGGGGGAGGCUUUGGGGGAGGCUUUGGAGGAGGCUUUGGAGGCGGCGAUGGCAUCCUGCCGGCGGGGGAGAAGGAGACCAUGCAGAACCUCAAUGACCGCCUGGCCAGCUACCUGGACAAGGUGCGAGCCCUGGAGGAGGCCAACACCGACCUGGAGGUGAAGAUCAGGGAGUGGUACAAGAAGCAGGCGCCUGGUCCUGAUCGUGACUACAGCCCCUACUACAGGACUAUCGAGGAGCUCAGGAACAAGGUGUUGGUGGCCACAGUUGACAAUUCCAAUCUCCUGCUGCAGAUUGACAAUGCCAGGCUGACAGCAGAUGACUUCAGGACCAAGUUUGAGUCGGAGCAGGCUCUGCGCAUGAGUGUGGAGGCCGACAUCAACGGGCUGCGCCGGGUCCUGGAUGAGCUGACCCUGUCCAGAGCUGACCUGGAGAUGCAGAUCGAGAACCUGAAGGAGGAGCUGGCUUAUCUGAAGAAGAACCAUGAGGAGGAAAUGACCGCCCUGCGCGGGCAGGUGGGUGGGGAGAUCAGCGUGGAGAUGGACGCUGCUCCCGGCAUCGACCUCACCAAGAUCCUGGCGGAGAUGCGGGAGCAGUACGAGAGCCUGGCGGAGAAGAACCGCAGGGACGCCGAGCAGUGGUUCUUCAGCAAGACGGAAGAGCUGAACCGGGAGGUGGCCAUCAACACGGAGCAGCUGCAGAGCGGCAAGACGGAGAUCACGGAGCUGCGGCGCACGAUCCAGAGCCUGGAGAUCGACCUGCAGUCACAGCUCAGCACGAAAGCGGCGCUGGAGGGCACCCUGGCCGACACCGAGGCGCGCUACGGCACCCAGCUGGCCCAGCUGCAGAUGCUGAUCAGCAGCGUGGAGGAGCAGCUGGCGGAGCUGCGCUGUGACAUGGAGCGCCAGAACCACGAGUACAGGGCCCUGCUGGACGUCAAGUGCCGCCUGGAGCAGGAGAUCGCCACGUACCGCCGGCUGCUGGAGGGCGAGGACACAAAGAUCUUUGCUGCCCUGGAAAUAAUAGUUACUUCUUUCCCCAUUGCAGGACCAGUCACCACCCGCCAGAUCCGCACCAUCUUCGAGGAGGUGCAGGAUGGGAAGGUGAUCUCCUCCCGGGAGCAGAUCACCCAGGCUGCCCACUGA